AUGGUUCAUAAGAGCCUGCAGCGCAUCCGAGAGCGGCAGCUGCUGCAGUUCAUCCGCUGGGCCCCCGCCUCUCCCCAGGUUGUGUUGGCCCGGGCUUCUCCAUUCAACCCGCAGAAGCACAAGUGCGCGGGCUUGAUGCUAGCGAACCACACGGCUAUUACAAGUUACGACCGCCUCUUCAAGCGCAAGGCCUUCCUUGACAACUACAAACGACAGCCCAUGUUUAGCAGCCCUGACGGCAUUGGAGACUUCUCAGAGAUGGAAGACUCAAAGGAGCACGUGUUGAGCUUGGUAGAGGAGUAUCGGCAGGCUGAGACAGACGACUUCCUUAGCUUUGGCGGUACGUGCCCCAUAUGA